AUGGGCGUCCUACCAAAAGGCCUCUCCUCCGUCCUGGCCAAAGCGCCCACCGACGUCGUCAUCCUCUCCUCCCUCCGCACCCCCAUCACCCGCUCCUACAAGGGCCACCUAAAGGAUGCCUACCCGGAAGAGCUCCUCUCCGUCGUCCUGCGCGCCACCCUCGACAAGACCCCCGAGCUCGACCCGUCCAAGAUCGACGACGUCGCCGUCGGCGUCGUCCUCUCCGAGCUCGGCGGCUCCAAGGCCGCCCGCAUGGCCAUGAACCACGUCGGCUUUCCCAGCACCACAUCUCUCUACACCGUCAACCGCGCCUGCUCCUCCUCUCUCCAAGCCAUCUCCUCCAUCGCGGCCUCCAUCCGCACCGAGGCCAUCGACGUCGGCAUCGGCGCCGGCAUGGAGAGCAUGACGCGCAACUACGGCUCGCGCGCCAUCCCGACCUCGUACUGGCCCGCGCUUAAGGAAUCCCCCGUCAAGGACGCGCGCGACUGCGUCAUGCCCAUGGGCCUGACCUCUGAAAACGUCACCUCGCGGUACGGCGUCUCGCGCGAAGACCAGGAUGCUUUCGCCGUCAAGUCGCACCAGCUCGCCGCUGCGGCGCGCGCCAAGGGAAACUUCAAGGAGGAGAUCGUCCCCGUCACGACGCAAUUCCAGGAGAUGGACAAGGCGGGCAACAAGGUGGGCGAGGCGCAGACCGUCACGGUGACGGAAGACGACGGUAUCCGCCCCACGGCGUCGCUGGAGGGCAUGGCCAAGCUCAAGCCGGCGUUUAAGCCGGAUGGCGCCAGCACGGCGGGCAACUCGAGCCAGGUCAGCGACGGCGCGGCGGCGACGUUGUUGAUGAGGCGCAGCACGGCGACGGCGCUGGGCUUGGGCGAUAGGAUCAUCGGCAAGUUCGUGGCUGCUAAUACCGUGGGUUGCAAGCCGGAUGAGAUGGGCAUCGGCCCUGCGGUGGCGAUCCCCAAGCUUCUAGGCCAGUUGGGAUUGCAGAAUAAGGAUGUCGACAGGUGGGAGAUCAACGAGGCGUUUGCCAGUCAGGCGAUUUACUGCUUGAGGGAGCUGGGACUGGAGGAGGCGUGGAAGGAUGGCAAGGUUAACCCGGAUGGCGGCGCCAUUGCUUUGGGUCAUCCCUUGGGUGCUACCGGUGCGAGAAUGGUGAGCACGCUGUUGCAUGGUCUUGGCAGGACGGGUGGUGAGGUUGGUGUGGUCAGCAUGUGCGUUGGUACGGGCAUGGGCAUGGCUGGUGUUUUUGUUAGGGAGUAA